UUUAUAAGCAAGCACUCUUUCUCAUCAAAUCCGCGUCUUUUUGUUUAGUCCCUUAGCUCCCAAUAAAACCGGCCACUCAAACAUUACAGCCUUUUCUCAGCAUCUAUAACUGCAGAAACCGAGCUGGCUCGCAGAAAUUUUCCGGCAGGGGAAAACUAAGGACACUUAUAGUCAUGAGAUUUUGAUUCAUUUAUGGAGCAUUCCCUUUUCCUCCUCAUGCUCCUGACGGUAGUACUAAUAUCCGAUCAACCUGAUAGAGGCCUCUCUGAGGAGAUCAAAUCAGCCCACUCCCUCGAUCUCCUCAUCAAGGACUACACCUUCAAGUCCUACAGCAACCACUACUUCAGAACUGCAGAACUUCAAACGGUGAAACUUCCGGGAAACCUAUCGGACAUUCGGGUUGAUAUUGCCCGGUACAGAUGCGGCAGCCUCAGGAGGUACGGAGCCCGCCUACGGGAAGUCCGCAUAGGAGUCGGCGUGACAGUCCAGCCCUGCGUGGAGAGAGUCCUGGUGGUUCGGCAAGUCCUAGGAUUCAACUGGUCCUCGUUAUUCUACUCGAAUUAUGACCUUUCUGGGUACCAGAUUGUGUCCCCAGUUCUCGGCCUCUUGGCCUAUAAUGCCGGGAAAGACCCUUUCCAGCUCGGGCUACACGCGGGAGAAAACCCGAUCACAAUCAACUUUAGCUCCGUCUCAAGGGUCAAGCAAAAGCCUGGAAUCGUCCCUCUAUGCGCAAGCUUCGGCAGAAACCGGGAACCGACCAUAACAGGUGCAGCAGAAUCAAACCUGUGCAAGGUGACAGGGCACGGACACUUCGGGCUGGUGACAGAGCAGCCACCAGUGCAGAUGACACGGAGAGCAAGCAGGUGGAAGGUAGCAGUGGGAAGCUCGAUCGGUGCAGCCCUCGGGGCAUUCCUGCUGAGCCUGCUGAUGGUGGCGCUGCUCGUGAAGGCCAAGAAGAAGUCAAGGAGGGUGGAGAUGGAGCGGAGGGCUUACGAGGAGGAGGCGCUGCAGGUCUCGAUGGUGGGGCAUGUGCGCGCCCCUACCGCUGCUGGAACCCGGACCAUGCCCAUUAUCGAACACGGGUACUCCGCUCCUUACCGUUGAUCCACAAAGUUAGAUUUCUCUUAUUUCACUUUUUUUUUUGUUGCUUUUUUCUUUAAACUUAUUUUUGUUCUGUAAAAUUUAAAUGAACAGUUGGAUCUGUAAGGUUGGGAGAUUUCUUUUCUAUGUGUUCUUUUUGGUUUCAUUCUUGUAAUUGGGAACAGGGGAGUGAAAGUUUCAGGAAGAGCUGAUACUUCUUCAUAAGUUUUCCCCCUGAGAAUUUAUGCAGUUACAUGACUGAAAA